AUGGCUGGUUUUUCACGACUGGUUUUCGCGUUUUGCCUUUUAUACGUGAUAUAUCCUUUGACAAACUUACAAGAAACAAUUGACAGGAUUUUCAAAAAUGGCGACGUGAUUAUUGGAAGCCUUCUGGCCGCACAUCAGGAGAAUUCGGAAGAAGGUUGCCGAAACGUACAUCUCGUUGGAAUAAUACGCGUCGAGGCUGCGAUAUUCACUAUUGAGCAAAUUAACAAAAACGUAAAUAUCCUCCCGAAUGUUCAACUUGGUUAUGAUAUUCGAGAUCAUUGCAUGGACAGAGCAAAAGCAAUGGAACAUACUUACGAUUUCAGCACACACAUCCAUUUCUUGGAAAUAGUCGAAGACUCCAAUGGCCACCCUGUCGGCAAUUCCAGCGCUUGUGCGCAAUGCUCUAUCUCUAAAAGGAACACAACCUUACCAAUUGCUGCCAUAGUCGGGCCCUACGGUUCACGGAACUCACUUCAAGUUGCAGGACUUCUUCAAGUUGUGAACAUUCCGGCUAUAAGCCCAUCGGCAACAAGCGCAGAACUCAGCUGGUCCUUUUAUAAAAAGUUCUUACGAACAGUUCCUCCGGAUGGUUUUCAAGCAAGGGCAAUGGCGGAUCUUAUUGAACACUUCAGCUGGAAAUACGUAGCGGUGAUCGCUGUGGAACAUUCGUACGGACUGUACGGUUUUCGUGCGCUUGAGCAAGAAUCUUUUCGACGACAGACUUUUUGUAUUGGAUUAGUGGAAUACAUCACACCAACUCAAUAUGAUAGUCAGUUAAAACCUGUUAUUGCAAAACUUAAACGGGCGGAGAACAUCAAAGUCAUAAUCUUGUGGAUCGGAGCAACACACGCAAAGGAUCUGGCAAAAGAAGCGCACAGUCAAAAUCUCAUCGGAAAGGUUUGGAUCAUGAGCGACUCAUUGGCUACUAAAACUCCAGAAUAUCUCGGAAACGAUUUGAUGAGCCUUGGAAUUUACUUAGGAAUUCAACCGAAGCAAUUUCAAGACAGAAACUUCGAGGAGUAUCUUAAAUAUCUCACCACAAAAACGUCUUAUGAAAGGAGGAACAUAAAUCCUUGGUUUGAUAUUAUCUGGAGGAAAGAAUUCAACUGCUCUACAAACAAUAACAUCCAGGGUUACACGCGUUGUCAGGAUAAUUUAACAAUAACUGAUGAAGUAUUUUCCAAGAUGUCCGAUGACUUUAUUCCAUAUCAAAUUGACGCUAUUUACGCAGUCGCGCACGCACUUGAUAUGAUCUACAAAUGCAAGACACCACUCGGUUUGUUACCAAACGGAGCUUGUCCUCAAACAAAACCUUUCGUGCGAUCUUCAGACGUUUUUUUGUACCUGCGUAAUGUGAGUUUUCAAGGAAUAACAGGUCGAAUUGGAUUUGACGAAAAUGGCGACCCUCUGCAAGCCGUGUAUGACUUUGUCAGCUUUCAGAGGAAUAUUGAUGGCAACUAUGUCAAAAUGAAAAUAGGUUUUUGGGAGGCUAAAGGAAAUCCGAUGUUAGAAAUUAAUGGCAGUUUAAUUAAAUGGAGCAAUGGAAACAGCACUUUGAACAGUCAAACAUCCGAAAUUCCAAAAUCAAUAUGUCUGGAGCCGUGUCCACCUGGAACACGACAAACAACGACGGUUUCUUGUUGUUGGCAAUGCAUUGAAUGCCCUGAUGGAGCGGUAAAUGCGCGCAAAGGAUCACCAAACUGUACAAAGUGUUCUGGGACGCAGAAGUCAAAUAAAAAUAGAACCACAUGUGUAGACCUACCAAUAGAAAAUCUCCAUUGGAAUAGCAUGACUGGAAUCAUCUUCGCUAUUUUUACCAUCUUGGGAUUUGUUUUUACAUUCCUUACAACGGUUCUUUUCAUGCGGCAUUAUCACACUCCAGUUGUAAAGGCUGCUAAUCGUGAUCUGAGUUUUAUUUUGCUUUCCGACAUUGCCGCGGGAUUUGUUUUACCAUUGUUGACAAUUUCGCAGCCCUCUCCGGCCAUUUGCGCCGUUAUUGAACCCUGGCGCUAUAUAACAUCAUCAUUGAGUGUCUCCGUUCUAUUAGUAAAGACCAUGAAACUACUAAGAGCUUUUCAAAUAACUUACGUUGCAAGAUGGUUGAAAAAGAGCAGCGCCAACUCGCUGGGGCAGUUUGUGUCCGUUAUUUCGUUAAACUCGAUUCAAGUUAUAUUUGCAAUUAUCUGGGGUGCAGUGGAUCCUCCUUUCACAAAGACUGAAAUCGAAAAAGGACAAUUUAUAAUAAUUACGUGCAUUCCUUACCGAACGAGUCUAGGUCAGUUCAUGGAGAUAGCUAUGCUCACUUAUCUUUUAUUUAUUUGCCUUGUUUGUGCGUUCUACGCUUUUAAAGCUCGCACCCUUCCCGAGAACUUCAACGAAGCUCGCUGUAUUGGUUUUGCAAUGUAUAUCCUUCUGCUAUCGUGGAUUGCGUUCUUUCCUGUACAAACUUCCUUAGGAGGGUGGUAUGUGGCUGUGGUAUCAUGUUCAACUGCUCUUGUUAAUUCGUACGCUUUGCUUGCCUGCAUUUUUGCACCAAAACUUUUUAUCAUUCUUCGCCACCCGGAGCAAAACACCCCGGAAUUUCUUCGACAUGAGUUAAGGACAGCUAACAGCAUAAAACCAUCCACUUCCUCCCACCAUUCUUCGAGGGAAAAAGCUCUCAAAAAAGAAACAGUUAAAAGUCCUUUCCGACAAAAGCGUCAUUGUUCUACACGUCGAAGUAGUUUAUAA